ACGCCAAAAUCUCCGGGGGCCUUUUGCACGUUGUCUCACCGGUGAAGUUGCUGAUAUCUGACCUUAGGAUUUUGUGAUGAACAACAUGGCUUAGUCUUGUGUUGUGUGCCAUCAUGAAUACUUUGUACCUUUGGCUCGCAGUUUACAUGGUCGGUCAGUGGAGAUGAGACCCUUCCUGGUGUUUUAAUCAUGUCUGUUCACCGCUGUGUGUAUUUACUGACGCGCGCACACGUACAGCGCAGGGCCUGUGCGAUCACAUGCAGCUCUACUGCUGUGUUUAACUCUGUUGGACAUGUGUGUGUGCCAGAGAGAUCUGGACUCUACAACUCUCCAUCUAUACGGAGAUCUGCGUCUUCGGACAGUUCAUGGAGACCCCCGGACACCUCUCUGUUCGUGCCACUCGCAAUGAAAAGCGACAUCCCAGAAGACGGAGCUGUGGGAGCGGAAUUAACGCGACCGCUGGACAAAACUGAACUACUCAAAGUGCUGAACAGAUUUUACAAAAGGAAAGAGAUGCAGAAGCUUGCUGCUGAUCAGGGGCUUGACGCUUGUCUCUUCCACCAAGCCUUUAUUAGUUUCAGGAAGUAUGUUCUGGAGAUGAACUCUAUUAAUGCUGACCUGCACAUUAUUCUUAGUGACAUCUGCUAUGGAGCAGGACACAUUGAUGAUAUUUUCCCAUACUUCAUGCGGCAUGCUAAACAGAUCUUUCCCAUGCUGGACUGCAUGGAUGACCUGCGCAAGAUUAGUGAUUUGCGUGUCCCAGCAAACUGGUAUCCUGAGGCCCGGGCUAUUCAGCGGAAGAUCAUUUUCCAUGCUGGUCCCACUAACAGCGGUAAGACCUACCACGCCAUUCAAAGAUAUAUGGAGGCAAAAUCCGGCGUUUACUGUGGACCUCUGAAGCUGCUGGCGCAUGAGAUCUUUGAAAAAAGUAACAGUGCUGGUGUGCCAUGUGAUCUGGUGACAGGAGAAGAGAGAACCUUUGUGGAUCCAGAAGGGAAACAAUCUAAUCACGUAGCGUGUACCAUUGAGAUGUGCAGCGUUACAACUCCAUAUGAAGUAGCAGUCAUCGAUGAGAUCCAAAUGAUCAGAGAUCCUGCUAGAGGAUGGGCCUGGACUAGAGCUCUGCUGGGGCUGUGUGCUGAGGAGAUCCAUGUGUGUGGAGAACCUGCAGCCAUUAGCUUUAUCACUGAACUCAUGUUCACUACUGGUGAGGAGGUUGAGGUCCGUAACUAUAAGCGUCUGACUCCGUUCUCUGUUUCGGACCAUGCGGUGGAGAAUUUAGACAACCUGAAGCCCGGUGACUGCAUCGUGUGUUUCAGUAAAAAUGACAUCUACUCAGUGAGCAGGCAGAUUGAGAUCCGAGGCUUGGAAUGUGCGGUCAUUUACGGCAGUCUGCCACCUGGUACUAAGCUGGCUCAAGCAAAAAAGUUCAAUGACCCAGACGACCCCUGUAAGAUCCUCGUAGCUACCGAUGCCAUUGGAAUGGGUUUGAACUUGAGCAUCAGGAGAAUAAUAUUUAACUCCCUGGUGAAGCCCAGCGUGAACGAGAAGGGCGAGAAAGAGAUGGACACCAUUUCCACCUCUCAGGCUCUGCAAAUCGCGGGCCGAGCAGGUCGCUUCAGUUCCAUGUUUAAAGAAGGAGAGGUGACCACCAUGCAUCGUGAUGAUCUGCCUGUACUGAAGGAGAUUCUGAGCAGAACUGUUGACCCUGUGGAGACUGCAGGUCUACAUCCCACUGCAGAACAGAUAGAGAUGUUUGCUUAUCACCUUCCUGAAGCGACGCUCUCCAAUCUCAUUGAUAUAUUCGUGAGCCUCUCGCAAGUAGAUGGCCUUUACUUCGUCUGCAACAUCGAUGACUUUAAGUUCCUGGCUGACAUGAUCCAGCACAUUCCUCUGAACCUGCGCUCUCGCUACGUCUUCUGUACAGCACCAAUCAACAAGAAACAGCCCUUCGUUUGCACGUCGUUCCUGAAGUUUGCUAGGCAGUUCAGCAGAGACGAGCCGUUGACUUUUGCCUGGAUGUGUCGACAUGUCAACUGGCCGCUGGUCCCUCCCAAAAAUAUCAAGGACCUUGUUCACCUAGAGGCUGUGCACGAUGUGCUGGACCUCUACCUUUGGCUCAGCUAUCGCUUCAUGGACAUGUUCCCCGACGCCAGCCUCGUCCGUGAGAUCCAGCAGGAACUGGACAACAUCAUUCAGGCCGGAGUGAGAAACAUUACACGACUCAUCCGUGCCACCGAAGUGCAAGGCUCCAGUGCAGGUUCUACAGCUGAAUCAAAAACCUCCCCGCUUCCUGGACUCAGACUGAGAAAAGCUCGGGGAUCCAAAUCCAACGUUCACUUUAAACCAGACGUGAUGGGUACGGACAAUUCGCUCAGCGCACGUCUGGUUCAGGAGGGUCUGCUCACGCCAGAGCUCCUUCAGCAGCUGCAGAGAGAGUGGACAAAAGAGCAGAAAACCAGUGGACCUACAGGCAAAAAUAAGAAAAAGAAAUGAGCAUUUGGCAUCAGGCUCACUUUUUUACAUUUCUAUAGGGACUUAUUUAACAAAUAGUAUGUCGAUCUGUGUGACUGACUGAAACCUAAGCUUCAGGUUGUGGUACAUAUGUGUGAAAGACUGUGUGAGAACGUGAGUCUGCAUUGCUUCUAGGUUCAAAAUAAAACACACUACUAUUUUUUAUGAGCUUCCAUAUCCUCCCUAUGAUAAAUAAAUAAAUUUAAUUCCUCCCUGCAGCUAAUUUAAUAUAAAACGUUAUCCUAAUCUAAUGAUUUUAUUCACAGUGG